UGCCUCCAGCCUCCUCUUCUCUGUCUCUGUCUCUUGUCGUUCUCUCUCUGAGCUCCAAGCCUCUGUCGACCCUCAGUUUUCAGACAGGUCUUACUCAUCUCGCUGUAACCAUGGCCAACUCAUUUGCGCGUAUGAUGUCAGGCCGAAACACUGCUGUGAUGUUGGCCAGUGUGGGAACGGGAGCCCUGGUCUCUGGAUAUUUGCUCACAGAGGGGAGUUCUACUGCUGCUGCUGAGAGGAGGAAGCUGUACCCGCCCAGCGCAGACUUCCCGGAUCUGAGGAAACACAACAAUUGCAUGGCAUCAGCCCUGACCCCUUCAAUGUAUGCUCAUCUGCGAGACAAACUCACCCCGAACAACUGGAGCCUGGACCAGUGCAUCCAGACUGGAGUGGACAACCCGGGACACCCCUUCAUCAAGACUGUGGGGAUGGUGGCCGGAGAUGAGGAGAGCUAUGAGGUCUUUGCAGAGCUCUUUGACCCUGUCAUCAAAGACAGACACAAUGGCUAUGAUCCUCAGACAAUGAAGCACCCCACUGACCUGGAUGCGAGCAAGCUGUCUUCAGGCAUGUUUGAUGAGCGUUAUGUGCUCUCGUCCCGCGUGCGCACUGGUCGGAGUAUACGAGGUCUGAGCCUGCCCCCAGCCUGCACACGCUCAGAGCGACGUGAGGUGGAGCGGGUGGUGGUCACUGCUCUGUCCGGGCUGAAGGGAGAACUCGCUGGACGCUACUACAGCCUGGGAGAGAUGAGUGAGCGCGAGCAGCAGCAGCUCAUCGAUGAGCACUUCCUCUUUGACAAACCUGUGUCGCCCCUGCUCACGGCUGCGGGCAUGGCCCGAGACUGGCCCGAUGCCCGAGGGAUCUGGCAUAACAAUGCCAAGAACUUUCUGAUCUGGAUCAAUGAGGAGGACCACACUCGGAUCAUCUCCAUGGAAAAAGGAGGGAAUAUGAAGCGAGUGUUUGAGCGUUUCUGCAGUGGUCUUAAGCAGGUGGAGCAUCUGAUCCAGGAGCGUGGCUGGGAAUUCAUGUGGAACGAGCGUCUGGGAUACAUCCUCACUUGCCCCUCCAAUCUGGGCACAGGCCUCAGGGCCGGAGUGCACAUUCGCCUCCCUCUACUCAGCAGGGACGCUCGCUUCAAAAAGAUCUUGGAAAACCUGCGGCUGCAGAAGCGCGGCACAGGAGGCGUGGACACAGCAGCCACGGGAGACACUUUUGACAUCUCCAACCUGGACCGCCUGGGCCGCUCGGAGGUGGAGCUGGUGCAGUUAGUGGUGGAUGGGGUGAACUACUUAAUUGAAUGUGAGAAGAGGCUGGAGAAAGGACAAGACAUCAAGAUCCCUGCCCCAAUUCCCCAGUUUAGGAAGUGAUCUGGGAUUAUUCAGAUUCCUGCUCCAGAUGCUGUCUGCAGACUGUUGGUCCUGCUCCAUGAGGAAA